GUGGCGGGACAUACAUUGUUGGAUUUCCUCCAAUCUCCUCGUUCCAUGAAAGGGGACUGGCAGCCAGUGGCUUCUCAGCUAGCAUGUAGCCGACGCCAUUUCAUAACUUGGUCCUGUGGAUGUAGUUGCAACUGACUAAAAGGUAUGAAACGAACCCCUUUUAAUGAAAUAAAAUUAAUGACACACUAGAUUAUAUAUGUUGCAUGCAAUACAAGCAUUUUUUUCAGGGUGAGUAGUACGCCUGGCUCACCGUUAAAAAGAAAACUAAAUUCGCUUGCCGUUUUAGCUAGCUAGCUGUUAAACGGAUCUGCACUUGCGUUAGCUGGCUAGGAAGCAGGUGAGUAACCUAGAUGUCCUGCGACUUAUAAUGAACGUCCCCGUAAUUUUACGUGUGCACAUUUUCUGUUGGUACUUGUUAGAAAUUGCAUAAUCGUUAUCGGACGAGAACGUUAAUGUUAUAAAGUCAUGUUCGUUGUGAGCUCUAUCCGGAUGCACUACUAUGUGUGUGCAAAAAGCGGCCCUUAUUUCCUUUGUCUGUACUUGGGCAUAACGGUAUCCUGAGCUAUAACGAGUGGCGUUAACAGGAUGUCAUCGCCCCUAGCUUAAAUGGGACGGGUUACCUUUGGUCUUGAACAGCGAUUUCUUAUCGACCCAGUUCGCUGAAGCAUACGCUAGCCCUGUAGUAAUACAUCAUAAAUGCGCAUCUUUACGGUUUCUUGAUAUGUAUUGUGGAAUUAAAUAGUUUAUCUUUCUAACGUUGGUAAUUUCUUUGUCGGUCUGCCGAAAGUACGUUUAAAGUAGCUGUGAAGUUAACGUAAAGAUGCUAAUAAUAUCAUUAGCAAACGUGUUACUCUUCAGAUUCAGACUAGUGCUACAUCUGCUAAGGAUGGAGGUCGUUUAUUCAGCGUUUAUUUAUUUAUUUAUUUGGACGGGUAUCUUGAAAUACAUAGUGCCUUGAAUUAACAGUGGGUUGGCCUUUAGCCUUACCAGUUUUAAUAGAUUUUUCCGGCCAGCUACCGUGGCUGGCUUGCCAUCUCGCUUGCAGUUGUGUGAGAUAUGGAGUGAUGUGUAAGAUCCUAUGGAUAAAAUCAGGCAACAUAUAGGCUAAUCAUUGUUUUACUUUAACGUGAGAUUAAUUAAUUAUAUGCAUAUUUUGAUCUCACACCUUAAAGGUUCAUAAAGAUCCACAAUGGGGCAAGUUGCUCAAAAAUCCUCCCUUAGCUGUGACAUGAAAUGCACACACAUACACAGCUUCUGAAAUAACAUUUCUUCUCUGACGUCUUUGUUUUUAAAACGCCCGCCCCUCUUCCCUGUUGCCAUUAAUGCAGAACACGAAGCUUUGGCACCAUGGUGAAGAUAUUCAUCGGCAACCUGUCCCAGGACACCACGGCGGAGGAGCUACGCUCCCUCUUCUCCCAGUAUGGAAAAAUCUCGGAGUGCGACAUCGUGAAGAACUUCGGCUUCGUGCACAUGGACGACAAGGCAGAGGCGGAGGAGGCCAUCCGCAACCUGCACCACUACGAGCUCAACGGCCUGGCCAUGAACGUGGAGCUGAGCCGCAGCAAGUCCAAGGCCUCCACCAAGCUGCACGUGGGCAACAUCAGCAGCAGCUGCACCAACCAGGAGCUGCGCGCCAAGUUCGAGGAGUACGGGCCGGUGGUGGAGUGCGACAUCGUGAAGGACUACGCCUUCGUGCACAUGGAGCGUGUAGAGGAUGCAAUGGAGGCCAUCAGUGGGCUGGAUAAUACUGCAUUCCAAGGCAAGCUGAUGAGCGUGAAGCUUUCGACUAGCCGCCUGCGUACCGCUCCGGGGAUGGGAGAGAGAACGGGGUGUUAUCGGUGCGGGCAGGAGGGGCACUGGUCCAAAGAGUGCCCGCUGGACCAGAACGGAUCCUACGGAGAGGGUCCCAUGGGCCCGGGCGCCAACGGAUUCGGUCCCCCCAGGUUCGGCGGCGGCGGUAGUCGCGGCCGCGGUUUCCCCCGGGGCUUCUCCGGCGACCCCAGCUUCGCUAGCGGCUACGCCCCCGUCCACGCCUUCGGCAGGGGGGCCGGCUACGGCGCGCCCGGGUACGGCAGGGGCGCGGGAUUCGAGGGCGCUGUGAGUUACGGGGUGCCGCCGGGCUACGGCAUGGGGGCGGAGCAUAGCAUGGCCCGCGCGUACGGCGCCGAUGGCGCUUUCGGGACCGCCGGCGGCGGCGGCGCGAGCUACGGCGCGGUACCAGCCUACCCGGUGCGGCGGGCGGCCUACGACGAGCGGGACCCGUACGGCGUCGUGGACUUCUACGAGAAGUACCGGGCGCGCCCCUGCGGCGCCGGUUAUUUCGACGAUCGGCGCGCCGUCCCUCUGCCUCCCCCGCCUCCUCCCGCCACCUCGGCGAUCAUGAGGGAGCGUCUGUCGUCGAACGCCCUCGACCCCUACGAGCGUCGCCCCCUCCCUCCUCCGCCGGCCCCCGGCACUGCGUACUACCCACGGGACCGGAGCCCCAUCCGGCGAAUCCCGCCCGAGGGAGAGAACUACUCGUACGAGCGCUCGCGUCUGUCCCCGGUCUCGUCUCUUUCGAGGAGCACCACGUACGACAUGUCGCGGGCCAGGGACCCCUACGCUGACCGGGCGCGCUACGGUUACUAACACCCCCCCCCUCUGCCAGGUGAGCCUGCUACAGGACCUCUGAGGGGUACACUCCUAAUUUAGCUCGCCAGGAGUCAGCACCUCACUCCUAGAUAAACUGAUGUCUUCAAAACCGCUUUACUAAUAGGUAAACUGAUGACCUUCAAACUAUUUAUGUCAGAUUCGCAUUACUGAAUUGGCGGUCAUGGUCUUCGACAUAAUUUACUCAAAAACUCUUGAGGUAACGCAGAUAGCCUGUUGGUAAUUACAGCUCAGAGAUUGGUUAGAUCUCAGAUAACAGAUAAUUCAGGAACGUAAUAGUCAAACAUGACCUUCGGCCACGGCCACGGCCACGGCCACAUAAGCACCCUGUAGCUUCUCACCAAACACAUAGCAGUUGUCGUCAACGACAGGUGUGCUUCUCAGCUGAUUGGGGCUAGCUCUGGGCCGGUAGACUAUAAAUAGUUGCUGGCUUGGAGGCAAGUGUAUCGAGUCCAAGAGUACAGUCACUUCGGCUAUUAUGGUUCAAGUGUGUGUGUGUGUGGGGGGGGGGGGGGUAUAGCAGUUAAAUGAGAGUAUCGUAAAGUUGGGAAAACAAACAGGAAAAAAGGUGAAGAAAGGAUAAAGAGAUGCAGUAUUGUAAUCGCAGCCUUUAAACGAGAGGACGCAUGCUUUGGCACCUCUGCCGGGGCGUGUCCUGGAAGCUGAAAACGAUGUUGUUGUCUCUUUUCAGGUUCUUUCCGCGCCGCGCUCCCGCAAACGCGCGCUCACUCGAGCUCGUUUCGGCUCGCCGCGUUUCGCCGUUGGCGCGGUUCGGGGGGACGGCAGUUUCACGGACGCAGUGUUAGAGCGCCAUCUUGUCUCGACGUGUAUCAGCUUG